CUUCGUGAUAGAUAGAAGUUUGCAAUACCGGCAGCAUUAUUUUCAAUUACUGUUUGUGUUUCGCUCAUUUAGUCUUAACCCAUUCGUGUUUUUGGUCAAAUAAUAAUCCACUAGUAACAGCUUUUUGGAUACCAAACCUACCACAGGAAACUAUUUUGUAUUUGAACACUGUGUCUUACAAAACAUCAAGAUGGCGACUACUAUGCCCAUAAACCCAAAGCCGUUCCUCAACAGCCUAACGGGGAAAUCUGUAAUUGUGAAGUUGAAGUGGGGCCAGGAAUACCGAGGGUUCUUGGUGUCGGUAGACAGCUAUAUGAAUCUCCAAAUGGCCAGCACAGAAGAGUGGGUGGAUGGCAAACAGACAGGCGAGCUGGGAGAAAUACUGAUCCGAUGCAACAAUGUAUUAUACAUUCGAGGUGCUGAGGAGGACGAUGAGGAAGGAGAGAUGAGAGAAUAAACAGUGUGCAUUAGCAAACAGACUGAAGUCUCUGACUUUCCAUUCCAAUGAAACUUGAGUGUGUGAAAAGUAUUUUGUGUACAUUUGUUUUGUUUCAACAUUCAACCAUCAUGUUGAAAAUUACUUAAUAUUUAAAUAAAUGAUUUUUUUAGUCAGUUU